CGGGGACUUAUCCUUGUCACUUGUGGGCCUGCCAUACGGGUCAGUCAUCACUUUGACUCACUGCUGAAACUGGUGAAGGACGACACCUUUGAUUUCGUCAUUGGAUUUGGAGGAGCCUCGACCCUCCCUGUGAACGUUGGCCCCAUGGUUCAAGCCUUUGUUCGCAAUGCUACACUGUUCGGAAUACCGGAUGUCUGGGACUCAUUGUGCGAAUUGCUCGCCUCCAGUCCAGAUGUUUUAGACUACAACACUGUGGUGAUUGUCUAUGGCUCAUAUGUGGAGGGGAAGCGCAUAGUUGAGAGCAGAGAGAUAAGCAAGCACCGUCCUCCGUAUCGUGCGUUUGGUCAUGAGUUCAGUGCAUGUGCAAAG